AUUGCUGGAGAGAACCCAAGGGACACAGAAGUAUCACUCCUUUUCGGUCUCACUGCCCUUUCUUUUCUUUUACCAGAACUGAAUGACUAGCGAAAGCAUUUUUUCCCCUUCUUGGCUCCCCAGUUACAUUGCAAACGUCCUCGAAGGUAAGGCUGUGUCUUCUCUUUGUUAACGUCUCUUCCCCCUGUCCCAGCCUCCCCUGGAGGUUUAGACAAGGGUGGGGUAUCCGGCGGCCAUUCAACCAGUGUGGUUGAUGACUUGUCUGCUUGUCUAAUCCUAAGGGACUGUUCCCUUUCUGGUUCACUGAUCAUGGCUCUGCCAUGCUUCUCGGGGCAAUAAAUACCGGUCUGGACUGCCCAGAAUGCAGACCUCUGCGAGUCUUGCCAGCCCAGAAGCCUCUAAGCCUCCUAAUCUCCCCCUGAGCCCUCAGCGUUCAUGAAGCGUAUUCUCCUGGUUUUGACUGUUAGCCUGCUCCUGCCCCAGGUUACCCAAGCCAGGCACUGCUGGAAAAAGUUGGGAAGGUGCAGAAGAACGUGUAAAGACAGUGAAGUAUUCUACCUCUUAUGCAAUGAUGAGACUAAGUGUUGUGUCAACCCCAAGCAUGUACCUGUCAAAACUAGAUCCUUGCCGCCAACCGGAAGCCUGGAGUAACUUCUGCAGUCUGGCCCAUCUCGCCCGACUUUGAGCCCAACCUCAUCGGAGCCCACGGCUCUACGAAAUCAUUCUCGACUGUCCCAUUUGUGCCUGGUAGCUCCGCCUCACUGAACUUACAAAUCAAGAACAAAGAGAGGUGUGCGUGCAGGUGAGACAGAACAGGGAAGACCAGUAGGUUAGUCUGUUUGGCACCUAGCUCCUAGCCUGCUGGCCCCCAGUUCAGCCCAGAUGAUGUACAUAAGGAGUGUUCAUUCUACCCAUUUGACUCCUGUUUUCUAGAGUCAGCACUGCCAGGAGAAUUUUCUAUAAUGAUGGAAACAUCCCAGCUCCGCGGUGUCCAAUAUGGUAGCUUACUAGCCACGUGUGGCUAUUGGCCAUUUGAGAUGUGGCGAGUGAGUGGGUGGAGAUGCCUGUUGCAUCCUUGUUUGUAAUGCAAAAGGAAAACCCCAGAACAUUCUAAAUGCCCAUUAGCCCGGAAAUGAAGUAUGCAUACCGAUGACCACUACGUCUCACUUAAAAAAGAGGAUGUCAAUCUACCUAACGCUGCAAGACAUAUUGUGGGGUGAAAAAAAGAAAGACGUCCCCUGAAAUAGAAACCAAAACAUCAACCAAUGCUAUGUUUU